AUGCUGCAGCUCAAUGACUCCGAUACCAGCCUGGCAGCCACUCUUUCACCUGAAGGUGUUGGGGUCGUUGAAGUCCAACUGAGCCCGGAAAGGGGCACCUUCGGGACCGCAUCUAAUUAUUCCGUGCAGUCUCUGCGCUCACUCACUGUGCAAAACCCCACACAUCAGGCCAGAAUCAAAGAGUACUUCAUAUUCCGGAAUGCUUCCUCAGUUGAAGACUGUGUUCACUGGGACAAAAAACUAUUUGCUUUUCUUUCAGAUUCUGCCAUCCUGCAGGCGCCUCCUAGUGUCCAUGAGGGGGAUCUGCUGAUUCUUAGAUUUCGCACUCGCCCUGAAUAUGACGCAUCAAUCACAACAGUUUAUUUUCAGAACAAGGCGGUCAUGCAGUCUCUGGGCUCACACCCUCAAUUCAACCUUGGGAGAGCACAGACCAGUAUGUCAGGUUCAUACAAAUGCCAAACAAACUUAUAUGAAAAGGCUGAGGGUAUGGCUAAUAAUUACAUAUCUGAUGACCUAUAUCUUUCAGUCACAGAGCUGUUCUCCAUCCCACAAAUAAAAGUGAGUCCAGAUCAGGUGACAGAAGGAGAUCACAUGACCAUAACAUGUGACACAAACCUCAGCCCACACAGAGAGACUACAGAGCUACAGUUGGCUUUCUACAGAAAUGGGCACAAUGUGCAGGGAUUCAGUUUAUCCAACCAAUAUGGAGUCCCCUCAGCUCAGCUGGAGGAUUCUGGGAAUUAUACCUGUGAGGUACAAACUCCAACCGGCAGUGUGAGGAAGAUGAGCAGUAUUUGGGAUUUCCAAUUACAAGGUGAGAUUGUAGAAUUAGAAACAUCUAACUACCCAUUUCUGUGGUUAAAAGUAAGUGUAAUUACCAUUAAUGGACAACAAUAG